AUGGCCGGCAAGGGAGUCAGAAGCCUCGCUGAGGCCAUGAGGGGCCUAUCCCUCUCGUCCCAGACGACAUGCAGAACGGCCAGCCCGGCAGCAUCAUUCCUCAGCUCAUCCAACUUUACGAGAUCAAUGGCCACCGAGGCGCCAUUGCCCGGCAUCACAACUUCCAUUCACUCUAAGCCCAACCAGAUCUGGACACCAACCACUUCCGUCCCCGUCACGAUUCACGCCUUCCCAACCCUCGAGCCUCAGUCCCUCGAGUCCUACUCGACAAAACACCUCUACCUCCCCCUCCGUCGCGAUCUUCUCCAUCUUGCCGUCGUUUACGAAGGCGAUUCCACUCGCCAGGGUACAGCCAGCACCAAGACGCGCUGGGAGGUUCGUGGUUCGCACCGCAAGAUCCACCCCCAGAAAGGUACCGGCCGCGCCCGUGCCGGCACCCGGCAGUCGCCCAUCCGUCGCGGCGGAGGUGUUACCCACGGUCCCAAGCCCCGUGACUUCAGCACUCGCCUGAACCGCAAGGUAUACGACGUUGCCUGGCGCACUGCUCUCAGCUAUCGCUACCGCCGUGGUGAGCUCGUCGUUUGCGAGGACGGCAUGGAGCUGCCUCUCCCUCUCGACUUCACUACGCUCGCCGAGCAAGGAUUCAUGGGCCCUCAAAUGGAGCAUGAAUACCGCCGCAAGUGGAUGCUUCAGGUCCUUGAGGCCAACCAGUGGGGUAAGGCUCAUGGCCGGACGCUCUUCGUCACAGCCGGUGAGAAGCCUAGGCUGUACAAGACCAUGGAGGCAGCAGGAGACCAGGGCAGGUGUCUCAAUGUCAACGAUGUAGACGUGAAGGACUUGUUGGAGACAGGACGUGUGGUGGUUGAGCGGGCAGCGCUCAAGGAGAUGCUCGAGGCGCACCAGAGCGACUUGGUCAGCAAGAUCUUCAUCAACGGCAUCACAAGGACGGGCCCGACUCUUGGUGAGUCGCUGGUGUAA